UUUCACCUUCGUCCAAGAACCCUCUUCUGCUUUCGUCCCAGAAAAUUUAAGUCAAAGAAAUCACUGAGUGUGUGAAAUUGUUAUACAGGUAUGUUAAACGCUUGUUUAUUUGGAUUACAACAACUAGAUAGACAAAUUUACUCUUUAAAACAGGAUGGUACGGUGAUAAUAGGUUUGUUUCUGGAGGAUUGUGAAUUAAGUUCAAUAUAACCGCAUUCAUGUAUAAAUCCUCAAAAACAUGGUGAAUAUUAGUACAAUAUUACCGGUUCCUUCCGAUUCCUUCUUUCAGCACGGAUGUGAUAAUUUUGAAAAUAUGUUGCCAUGGAAAUCGUGAAGAUAUGGCUCAAUAAUUGCACGUAGAAGUUUAUACCUGUCUCGGCAGCCUGAGGGAAAGGUCGUGUAAAAUGAACGACAAUAUACUGUCUCGUAGGAAGUCAUGUGAUGCCGGAGAGAAGCUAGAAGGCAUCCCAGUAGUGAAUGGGUUUCCGAGAAGAGGUUCUCUUACUUCUUCAAAGCCAAGCCUUCUUCCUCGUCGCCGAUCGGAGGUCACUUUACACGAAAUACAGGAAGUGCGAAAGAUUGAGGAAACUAAGAAAUCAGUGCUCCGUCGGCAAUUCUCAACAAUAUGCGCACCAAAACUUGUCUCGGAACGUCAAAAUAUCGGGAAAACAGUUACAAAAACUGACACUUGCAAAAAAGACGACGACCUUGAAUUGCCCAGAAUUCCCUCAGUGACACCGGAACCGGAAGAGAUCAAAUUCGCCAAACAAAGAAGAAACAGCGAAAGUAUUAAGGAAGAACUGCAAAACGGUUCAUAUCGACCAAAACAUUGCUGGUGUUUUCGUUGUCAACUGAUGUUCUCAAUGUUUAAAGCAGGGGAUGAUAGGCUAGAAAUGUGGGGGAACUAUCCUUGUUUCAGAAGGUAACACUUAAUGACAUAAACGGCUGCACCUUACAUUGAUCUAUUUUAAGAUAAAUCACACGAUGCAAAGUCACGUGGUUCCCAUACAUGACCAUGCGAUUUCACAGGAUACGUGUAAUUUUCAAAAAAGCAACAAUACUUGAUAUUUCAAGAUUUGGAAUAAAAAUACGAUAUUUAUUUUCAAAAUUCUGUUUUUCGGCGUCUGAUUGUUAUAUUGAACUACUAAGUGUAACUUUACGCAGCAAACUUCUAUAGACAGCUUAGACACGGAGAGAGAAAUGAUGAUUUCUUCAAGUAACACUCCUAUGUGACUCCCACAAAAAAGUGAAGAUUAAAGGUGGCCCAUAGUUCAUUUCAGGUUAAAGAUUACUAAUGUUUUAGUUUUUGUUUGACAUUUUAAGUUAAACAAUAACCUUUAUGAUGUAUAUAUGUGAAUGAGAAUUAAUAAGAAGCAUAAAACAAAAUGAAUUGCCUAUAAAGUCAUUUGUACUAUUAAAGGAUAUUUCUUAUGUUAAUAAUGUAAGCCAUUUAAUUUUUCUACACUGUAAAAUAUUUUUUGAACCUUAUAAAGUUUUGACAUACAUGUAGUUUGUGUUUCAAGGGACUUUUGUGCAAAUUGAUACUUAUACAGAAUUGUAUUUAGUUCUGAUAAAGUUUUAAGAAACAUGUUGUAUGGAAUUUUUGCAAUCAUGAUAAUACGUUAUGAUUUUAAAUGAUAAAAUCAUGACUGGAUAUUGUUCUUUUUUUACUUUUAAAAAAUCUUUUUUUUUCUAAACAAUAAGAAAUAAUUAUUUCUGAGAAAAUCUUGGAAACACAGAAAUGUUUUUUUCUUUGUUUCUUCCAAAAUAUUGGAUUAAAAUAAAAUGGAUAGCACAUUUUUGUAAAUAUUUUGUUAUAGGAUUUUGUAAUUAUCUUAUUUGUAUUUAUUUAAUGCAUAAUGUAAAUAAAAUGAAAUAAAAUAUG